UAUUAAUCCUUAUCCAUAUAAAUUAUUUUAUGGUCAAGACCAUUUAACUACCGAUAAAAUAGUUUUUAAAUUGUUUAAAUUGGACUUUCCAUUCAAAAGAUAUUACGAAUUAAAAAAUUUAAACAGUAAACAAUACCGCCAUAGCGUCGUGGCCGUUGUUUGCGAUGCAGUCUGAAAAGCGCGUCGGGCCAGAGAAUGUAAAGUACGAGUAUAUAGAAGGUGCAAAUUGAAUUCUGUAUGAUGUUCGAUUUGGCGGCUAAUAGAGCCGAUAAAAUCAAAGUAAGGAAUUCGCCGUUGUCGCUGCUAUUUAGCAGAAUUAAGCACGUGCAGUGGCAAAAAUAUAAAGGGUGAUUUUUUAAGAGCUUGAUAACUUUUUUAAAAAAAAAAACGCAUAAAAUUUGCAAAAUCUCAUCGGUUCUUUAUUUGAAACGUUAGAUUGGUUCAUGACAUUUACUUUUUGAAGAUAAUUUCAUUUAAAUGUUGAGCGCGGCUGCGUCUUAGGUGGUCCAUUCGGAAAGUCCAAUUUUGGGCAACUUUUUCGAGCAUUUCGGCCGGAAUAGCCCGAAUUUCUUCGGAAAUGUUGUCUUCCAAAGCUGGAAUAGUUGCUGGCUUAUUUCUGUAGACUUUAGACUUGACGUAGCCCCACAAAAAAUAGUCUAAAGGCGUUAAAUCGCAUGAUCUUGGUGGCCAACUUACGGGUCCAUUUCUUGAGAUGAAUUGUUGUCCGAAGUUUUCCCUCAAAAUGGCCAUAGAAUCGCGAGCUGUGUGGCAUGUAGCGCCAUCUUGUUGAAACCACAUGUCAACCAAGUUCAGUUCUUCCAUUUUUGGCAACAAAAAGUUUGUUAGCAUCGAACGAUAGCGAUCGCCAUUCACCGUAACGUUGCGUCCAACAGCAUCUUUGAAAAAAUACGGUCCAAUGAUUCCACCAGCGUACAAACCACACCAAACAGUGCAUUUUUCGGGAUGCAUGGGCAGUUCUUGAACGGCUUCUGGUUGCUCUUCACCCCAAAUGCGGCAAUUUUGCUUAUUUACGUAGCCAUUCAACCAGAAAUGAGCCUCAUCGCUGAACAAAAUUUGUCGAUAAAACACAUUUCGAACCGAACACUGAUUUUGGUAAUAAAAUUCAAUGAUUUGCAAGCGUUGCUCGUUAGUAAGUCUAUUCAUGAUGAAAUGUCAAAGCAUACUGAGCAUCUUUCUCUUUGACACCAUGUCUGAAAUCCCACGUGAUCUGUCAAAUACUAAUGCAUGAAAAUCCUAACCUCAAAAAAAUCACCCGUUAUCAUUAAUCAUUACUAUUUUAUAUAUAAGAUCCAAAUGUGUAACAAAAACUGUGACUGUUCCAUUUGAACUUCCAGUUAGACAUAAUUAAAAAAUAUUAAUAAUAAAACAUAAUAUACAAGUAAAGUUAAGAUACAACUUUGGCCCCUGGCAGAAUGUUCAUAAAGAUAUGAAUAUGAAAGUUUUGUAACCUUAAGAUAAAAUUAUAUAUACAAAAUUAUAUUUUUGACACAACUACAUUAAUACAUAAAAAUAUACAUGUAAACAAUAAAUUAAAUAAAAAGUAUAUACAGUCCACUAAAUGUCAAGUGCAAUGGUAAGCAACAAAAUUGUAAUAUGAGACUUGCUCAUAAAAAUGUGAAAAUCAUUGCACAUAAAAGAAAACUCAUAAAUUAGAGUAUACAUAAUACUAAUAUUAAAAUACAAAAUAUACAUACUCGAAAUAUUAAUGCACACAAGCAACAGAUAAGAAAGUAUCAAGCGUGUGUACGUAUGUGUAUAAGUGCGUUAGAUGCACUAAUCUAAAAAACUAUAAAAUAUCAAUGCGUUGGUAUCUGAAAAAUGCAAUAAAAAUAUAAUACAUAUUUACACAUGUGUAUGCACACUAAGCAUACACACAUAUACAUAUAUACAUAGUUAAGAAAUUAGAAUUAAGAAAUGUAUUGAGGGAAGAAAUUUUAAUAAAGAAAAUCAGAGUCAAAAGUGAACUCUCACAGUACAGACUUAAGCAAAGACUGUUUUUUCUGUACAUUUGGUCCUUCGAUCCUCUUUUUGAAAAAGAAUCGAGCAAGUGCAAGUACUAGAAGCCUCUUAAAAGAAAAAGAGCAUUACUUAGCCAAGUAAAAAUAAAUGUAAGCCGGAAUAGCAAAGACUAUCCGCAUUUAUAAAAAUUACUUUUAGUAAAAGUUAAAAAAAAAAUUUUUAAAAGCGUCCUUGUGGCUAUAACAACAAGAACAGUGCAAAAAAAAUAUAUAUAUAUACAAAACCAUCUAUAAAGAAGCAAAUAUGAAGAAUUUGCUAACACGACAGAAGGAGUUGGGAGAUCUAGCUGCGUUGGAGGAGCAGAAAAUCCUGAGCGGAAAAAUAAGAAAGGCUUCAUGUCUGGAAUAUAUGGAUCAUAUUCAGACUGUUAUGAAAGAGUUUACUGCAAAUCAUAAUAAAAUAAUGGCUAAGAAGAGUCAAGAAGCUGAGGAAUACAUUGCGAAGAACUACUUCGAGCAUGUAAUGCAAACAAUGGAGAAUUCUAUUCAGAAUUUAAGAAUUUAAAGUACUGCCGAAGGUGUUUCAGCAGUGAGCAGCAUGUGGCAAAUAGAAUCUACGCCACAAACUAUUCAGGUCGCACCACCUGAAGCCGCGUCUGGCGUUGAAAGAAAAUAUCAACGUCGAGCAAAAAUGCUCAAAAGCACGAUGGAUGAAAUACAAAGAAAUGCAUUGGAUUCUCUCGAGCAAAUGAGAGAAUUCAAAACCAAGCUUCAAAUACAAUUUGAAAAUGUUGAAGAAUCAUAUUUUGAAACUCAAAAUAUCAAAUUAGUUGAAACAACUGAAGAAUCUAUUGAGGAACAAAUAGAUGUAUUUCGUCAAGAAUACAAAAUCAUCAUCGAAAGGAUAACGGAGAAAUUAAAUAAUUAUAAUUCACCACAAACAAUGUAUUCUAAUAUAAAACUGCAGGAAAUUAAAAUUCCGAUGUUUUACGGUGAAAUGAAACAAUGGUCGUCAUUCCACGAUCUUUUUAAAAGUUUGGAGCAUGAUUCGAAGCACUUUACAGAAGUGGAAAAGACGUUCCGAUUGAAGACAUCAUUAGGUGGAGAAGCUGGUAGAUUAAUUCAACAUCUACCAGUAACAGCAACAAAUUAUGAAGCUGCUUGGCAAAUUCUCAAGGAAAGGUAUGAGAAUAGAAGGCUACAAUUUACAGCACAAGUAGACAGACUACUUGAUCAACCGACAGCAAAUGGAGAAAGUGCACAAAGCAUGAAGCAGCUGUUAGAUACCACCAAAGAAUGCAUUUAUGCUUUAAAAGGGCUAAAUCUAAAUUUAAAUGACGAACAAGCCAUCAUAGCUCGGAUAGUGGUUCGAAAACUAGACAAAGAAAGUCUACGCUUAUACGAGCAAAACGUAAAAAAAAGUAGGGAUAUACAAAGCCUAGAUGACGUCUUCAGUUUUCUGGAACAGCAAUAUCAAGCUCUAGAAGCAAUACGCGACAGAAAACCAACUAAAUGGAACAAUCAAAAGCAGCCACAGCGAACACCUACAUUUUAUACAGCGGCACAAAAUAAUUGUGUAUACUGCAAGGUUCCUGGGCAUCAAAUUGGUGAAUGCAGAAAGUUUCAGACAUUGACUACGAUGAAUCGAAGAAGAUUCAUAACAAACAACAAGUUAUGCUACAUUUGCCUUGAUCACGUAUAUGAAGGAAAAUGUAAUAAUAAAAAGAAGUGCAAUAAGUGUGAAAGAAAUCAUCAUAAUUUAUUGCACUUCAAUGAAUUCCAAAAAGGAAAAGGAGGAAGUGAAGAAAAUGUCACAAAAACAUCUUCCACAAUGAUGACGAAACAUUCGGAAAUGGCGAUACUCCUAGCAACAGCACAGAUAAGGGUGAAGGCAGCAAAUGGAGAGUAUGUGACAUUGCGAGCUCUAAUCGAUCAAGGAUCCCAAAAAACUACUAUUUCCGAAGAAGCAUCUCAAAUACUUCAUUUACCAAGAAGAAGAGAAGUAACUGAACUACAAGGUUUAGGAAAUACCACAGUGGGAGUGUCCAAAUGUAAAAUCAACAUUAAAAUCAAGCCGAGAUUCCUAAGCAACGAGGCGUACAAUGUCGAAGCACUAAUUUUGCCGAAAUUAGCGAGUGCUCAACCAGACAAAACGUUUAAAUGGGAUGUAGAACAAUUGAAAAACUACACUUUAGCUGAUCCCAAUUUCAAUAAAUCAGAUCGAAUCGAUAUUGUCAUUGGAAGUGACAUAUAUGCCGACAUACUAGAAGAAGGUAUAUUUAAAAAGGAUCGAAUACUAGGUCAAGCUAUGAAAUUGGGCUGGAUAUUGUCGGGAGUUUUACAACAACCGAGAAAAAACAAUACAAUUUUAGCAGCGGUUACUACAACAUUGGAGAAGUUUUGGGAAAUAGAAGACACUACAACUCCAGCAGAUACAGCAGAUGAUGAUGAAUGCCUAAGAAUUUUUGAAAAAACAACAGUAAGAAAUAGAAAUAAUCGAUUUGUCGUCAAUCUACCUUUUAAACAAGAAAAAGAAUUGGGCGAUUCUCGCAAACAAGCAAUGGCGAGGUUUCUUAAUCUUGAGAAAAGGUUCGCUACAAAUAACGAGUUAAAACAACAAUAUGUGCAAUUUAGGAAAGAAUAUUCAGAAAUGGGCCACAUGGAAAAAGCAAGUGAAAAUAAAUGCGGAAAAUACUAUUUGCCACAUCAAGCAGUGAUUCGAGAAGACAGUAGAACGACUAAACUACGAGUAGUUUUCGAUGCGUCUGCAAAAACUACAAAUGGAAGUAGUUUAAAUGACAUCCUCUUCAUAGGACCGAGACUUCAAAGAGAUAUAUUUGACAUUAUAAUCAAAUGGAGACUUUGGCAAUAUGUAUUAACUAGUGAUAUUGAAAAGAUGUUUCGACAAAUUAAAAUAACAGAUAGUGAUCAAGAUUACCAACGUAUAUUGUGGAGAGAAACAAAAGGAGAGCCGAUAGAAGAAUACAAACUACAAACAGUUACAUAUGGGACAGCAUCAGCUCCUUUUUUGGCAACGAGAACUUUACAAGAAAUUGCCAAACUAUGCGAGCCCCACAACUAUUUGCUUUCAAACAUCAUUAAAAACGACUUCUACAUGGACGAUUUAAUGACAGGAGCAGAUUCAAUAGAUGAAUGUAAGGCCAUUCAGUAUGAAAUAUCGAAACAACUACAAAAAUAUGGAUUUCACUUAAGGAAGUGGAUGUCAAACAACAGUGAAAUCAUAGCAACAAUUCCGGUAAAUAACGCGAAUGAAGUAAUAAAAAUAGCAGAAGACGAAACAAUAAAGACAUUGGGUAUUCAAUGGAAUCCUGCCAAAGACAUGUUUGGAUUUAAUACGAAUCUUUCAACGCAAAAGCUGGUUACAAAAAGACAAGCUUUGUCUGAUUUAGCGCGAAUUUUCGACCCAAUGGGAUGGCUUUCACCAACAACCGUUAUAGCAAAGUUAUUUAUACAGAAACUUUGGUUGAUGAAACUCAACUGGGACGAGUUACUUGACGAGAAUUUAACAAAAGAAUGCCCGUUCAGCCAGGGUCUUUGCUAA